GUUGUCUAUGUGAAACAACUCGUGAGUUCCUUGACAAUCAGACCCUUUCAGUCUUCAGAAAUGAGCUUGAUGUUGUGGAUUUCCCUCAUUCUCACCUACUACCCUGUAGCAGUAAGUGUCCAUGGACUCCCCACAGACAUCUCUCAGAAAGGUUGCUUAUCCUUGUUGCCCCCGAGUGGGGUGAUCUGGACAGAGACAGGGAAAUCCGCCUCCAUCCGCUGCAACAUCGACUUACAAUGUAAAGAGGGGACCCCCGAUGUCCUGUGGAUUGUGUUUGACGCGAAGAGAAGCCAUCACGAGCUGAGAAUGUCUCCAGGGUUAAACUAUACCCUCCAAGCGGAGAACCUAACCAUUCACUCGCUCAGCCCAGAUGACAGUGGCUACUACCUCUGUGCAGUACGGAGCAAGUUGACCCCCUUACAUGUGGUGAUGGGUACAGUCACUACUCUCGUCGUGAGAGGGAAGGUCAUGCACAAAGUCUGGCAUAGCCUGCUGUGGCUGCUCUUCACCCUGUUGGCCAUUUACACCCUUACAUUAAUAAUCCUGAUUUUCCGCAAGAAGGCAGGUCCUCACCGGAAUUCUUCUAUAGGAAACUGUGAGUCGCCUAAAAAGAGUUCCUCAACAACAAGAGUGCAGUUCCGGAGUGUGGUGGAAGAGUUGUACAACAGGAGGAACUUGCACGGCAAAGGUUCAGAUGACGGUAGCGGAGAAGAGCCGCCAGGCAAGGCAUCCAAUGAUGACAUCUAUCAAAAUGUCUAAGCACCGUUCCCGACCGACCCGAGGAAAUGAAAUACGCAUCAAGGUGACACCAAAACCCCAAACAAGUUACGCAUUGGUGUUUUCUAUCGAAAUAAAUGAAAGAAAAUUGGGAGAUGUGUACUAUCAAUCACAUCUCAAUAUGUAUAUUGAAAGGGUUGUUACAGAAUCUAGGAUGUUUUUCGAUUGUGUCAGACAGGCCGUCAAGCUUUGAAAAUAGUUUUCUGGAAGGAUGGAAGGGUCAAAUAAUGACAUUAACUAUUUUUCCCCAAAUCACAUCCUUUAUUGUUUUGCUUCAUCAUCAAUUAAGUCAGCACAGAUCCAGUCAAGAUGUGGUCAAACUAUUAAUGCAGCAUUAUAUAUUAUUGUAUAUUAAUUUAGUUUCAUAAUUUUUUCUUAAUAAACAAAUACAAAGUCAAAUUAGGCGAUUGUUUGAUUUGAUUUAUAAUAAGACAAAAAAAAAUACCAAACCACAUUCUCCCUCAUUCACAAAAACAAAUCAAGAGAUGUACGUCUACUACAUUGUAGUAGAUAACUAAAGGCACAGACCGGCUCCAGAGCUUUGAAGAACAUAGAUAACAUUCACAGUCUAAUUUCAACAUGGGGGCUGGUAAUAUAAAAGUUCCCUUUGUAACGACAGAAAACCCCCCACAGUAAAUGACAAAGAUCCCUUGUCCUCUAAAAUGCUACAUUACAUUGACGUCACCUACAACUGUAAACUAGUUGUCUAAGGUUAAACUGCGGCUGAAGUUAUCCGUCGAUGUACUUUGUGUCGACUGUGUGACUGUUGCGGAUGGAGAACGGUCUCCAGGCCAGGGCUUGUGUGGUGGAGAUUAUCAGGGGGAUCAAACACACGAGGUAGAACAUGACGCUGUGCAGGCUCUCCGUGGCUCUGGAAGUAAGACGAGAGCAGACGUGAUUAUAAAAGUCGUUAGCGUUAUAAUGAGUCAGCAUUGUUUAAACAUGUAUCCAUCUUUUUUUCUUAAUUAUAUAAUCAUUUUAAAAUACUUGCGGCUUGCUCUCUGUUAUACUUAAAGAUUGUGAAUGUUGUAGAGACAAGAUAUACAAGAUAAACCAAAGACCAAGAAGGACACCAACCAGACAGAGCUGUUUUGCAAGUCACAAACUUAGCACAGAGUGGACAUUCCGUUAAAAACGGUAACUCCCUUAGAAAGAGGAAAUUACAUAUUCCGUAGGCUUUCUUAUGAAAUAUCUUUGUGUUCUUACUCUGGGUUGGAGGUCUUGGUGAUAACCUUCAGGUCUUCAUAGUUAAACUGGUUGAGGAUGGUCACCACGAGCAUAGGGGCCAGAGACUGGGCGGGUUUGGUGAACAAAGCAUUGGUUCCGAACACCAUUGAUGAGAGAGGAGAGCUGCAGAUGGGGAGGGGGGGAAAUGAAUAAUCUUUCGCAGUAUAUACAGUAUACAUCAUGUCGGAUAGCAGCAAUGUCAAUGAAUGACAACCACAUCAUUUCAACUUUACAUUUGGGAUUACAAGACUAGAUUCUUUGCUGCAUUGUUCCAAUUAUCACCAUGAGCGAUCAGUUUAAAUGUACGACCAAUACGUGCGCGCACUUGCACACACAAAUCCUACCUGCGUUUAUACUUCUGUAGGUCUGAGUCGAUGAUGUCAGCCAAAGGCAAGUUGAACAAACUGAACGAUGCCUGUAUUAAAACCCUAUUGAUAAGAAACAAAUUCAUGGAGUACUUUCAUGGAUAGCAAAAACAUAGCAGACAUACAUGGAUUAAAUACACAUUAAAUGCUAGGCAUAUUGACAACAUACACACACAUUGAGUGCACAUAUAUUGGACUAUGUGGUCCAAUUAAAUAGGACCUUAACCACAACAUCCUUUGCCUCUAUCUAAACUCUUGCUUUGGAACAAUCCGCACCAAUUCAACUGUGUGUGACUCCUGACUGUAACAACAAUGUAACAUCAAUGUCCUACAUGUUGACGGAGAGAAAGACCGCCAGGACGUAGUGGUGCUGGGGACCGAGGGCCAGCAUCACCAUGGCCAUGACCCCCUCUACAUAGAAGGUGUACAGAAUCAUCUUGUAGUACCCAAGAUCAAGGAGCAGCUUCUGGCUGCUCAGCACUAGGAUCUGAGGAGGAAAGAGGUAGUGUUUAAGAAUUGUACACACAUGACAAAGAAAUGACUGAUGUCUUGAAUGUGCUACUGAGAAAUUAAACACAAACUGAUCCCCAAAUUGUAGUAUUGUUAAGUGAAAAAAUAAUAGGCGACAGUCCCAAGAUUUUGUCAGGGGUUACUGUUUGAGUCCUGUUUGAUUUUUGUGGGGUCUACAGCACGAAUGACACAAAAUAUCGAUCCUACUGUCCAAUCUCAGAGUUUACCAAAACCAUUUGGGGUCGCCUGAUAUGCAUAUGUGGUCAGAACCUUAUAAUCUACAAAUACGUAAUGAUAUGUUUAAUGCAAAACAAUCCUGUAUAUAAAACAGUCCCCCUAAUGAUUCAUAGCCACAAUGGAAACAGCGUUGUGCAAUGUGCAAACCUUGGCUGGGACAGUGACAUAAUGGGCAGAUGUUGAUUGAGUGAUAAGGAUGUGUAUGGAAACAGAAGCAGAAGUACAGUGGAAGAA